UACUUUCAAUAUAUAGUUGAGCUUGCCAUUGCGCUAGAUGCAAUGUUCAAGGUAUCUUUUCCUGAUGAUUACAAGAUUUAUAUGAAAGCUUUUAAAGUUGGAUGGUGGAUUCAAGCUGAUCCAGGUCCUUGGUUAGGUUGUGUCAUUGUACUUCCUCAUGGGGAUGGGCUGGAUGCUAGCUCUACUGCUAUAUUCAAUUUUGGUAGGUAUAAGGGAGGAGAGGCAUAUUUCACAGAUCUGAAACUGAAAUUAAAAUAUGUUCCAGGGGAUGUUAUUAUCUUUUUAUCAGGAGAUUUGUAUAAUAGGAUUGGUAAAUAA